AUGCAAAAAAUGGUUUCCACAAGUGAAAAUAUUAAAGUUGCAGUGCGAAUAAGGCCUUUUCUUUCUAAUGAAAACCCAAUGCUGGCAGCUUGAGAAGUGACUUCAAAUACUAGCAUCAAAAGCAAAAAAGGAGACAAGCAAUUCUCAUUUGACCGACUAUAUGGGAUGAAUUCCACCACUCAACGAAUUUUUGAUGAAAUUGGCGAACAAGUGAUCUGGAAAGCUAUGGACGGCUAUAGUGGGUGCAUCAUAUGCUAUGGCCAAACAACAAGUGGGAAAACCUUUACUAUGUGUGGAAACAAGCAGUCAAAUCCUGGAAUCAUCCCUUUAUCAAUACACAAUAUUUUUGGAUAUAUUGAGGAAACUCCUGAGCGCGAGUAUUUACUUAGAUGCUCAUAUGUAGAAAUUUAUAAUGAGUGCAUCAAUGAUUUAUUGAACCCCAGUAAUGUAAACUUGCAAGUUUUGGAAGACAGAAACCGAGGCACAGUGAUAGUCAAUGUAACUGAGGAAGUCUGCAAGACCUCAGAUCAAGUCUAUUCAUUUCUGAAAAUAGGUGAUGGACACAAGCGAAUUGCAUCAACAAACUUUAACGACAAAAGCUCUAGGUCUCAUUGCUGGUAAGAGCUAUUUAGGUUUAAAAUUAUUAUUGAAAGCAAAGAUCGAACAGAAGAAGAUUUAUUGAUGGGCACUGUUAGCCUAAUUGACCUAGCUGGGAGCGAAAGUGUUUCUUCUACUGAAAAUGAAAGAGUAAAAGAGGCGAAAUUUAUUAACAGGAGUUUAUUGGCUUUAGGGACAGUUAUACUAAGACUUAGUGACACAAAAAACAAAACUCCGAUCCCUUACAGAGAAAGCAAAUUAACUAGACUUCUACGUCCAAUCCUCCAAGGAGAGGCAAAGCUAGUCUUAAUAACCACUAGUAGUCCAUCUAGCACUGCAUAUGAUGAAAGUUUGAAUUCAUUAAAGUUUGCAGAAAGAGCUCGCUGCAUAUCUCAAGUCCUCAUACGUACCACUCUUAAUGAGGAAAACUCUCUUCUCUUAAAAUAUCUUGCAGAUAUCUCAAAGCUUCGGGAAAAUUUGCAGCAGUUUGAAAUUACAUUAAUUGAAGAUUACAAAAGUAAAAUCAAUAAAUUAUCAACUUCUGAAAUUGAUGACAUUGAAGAACAAAAAGAGAGGCUACAGUCAAAGCUAGAAAUAAUGCAAUCAGCAAUUCUGGUAGCUGAGCAACUACGAGAUAUGAAAAUGAUGAGCUUGCAGUCUAAUGAAGAUCUCUUGGUUGACUUUCAAAGCCAAGAACGAAGCAGCACACGGCUGAAACUGUGGCGGCAAAGCCAAAACUCAACUUCAGUCAUUGAUGAAAGCCAUGUCUCAAUUGCAAAUGUGCAAAAUUCAAUUGAGGAAGAAGAGGUGGAAGAAGAAGACUCGCUUCCACAAAAAAUGGUUCCGUUUUCGCAAGCAUUUGAUUGCGAAUCUCCAAAAGUCAACUUCUGCUCUCCAGAUCUGAGGAGCACAUUGGGUGACUGACGAAUGUCGAUCCCUCAAGAGCCGUGUGUAAAUAGUUUGAUUUCAUUCAGGUCGAAGCCUCAUUUCCCGAUCUUUUGCAAAGGACUGGAAAUUCCAUUGCAAAUUGGAAGAUCGCUUCUAACAAGUGAAGAAAUACCUCUACCGCAUUCAGAGUGGCUAAAAAUAAUGCUAGAGCAGGACAGCAUCAUUACAGAGCUAAAUGCGCAGCUUGCAAUGAAAGAUGAAGAAAACAAAGUGUUGAUUGAAGAAUUGAGACUCUGCAAGGAAAGCUUGGAGAGGUUGCAAAAUAAUUUGAAGUGCUAG